AUGACGACCGAGACCCUCCGGGGAACUCUCCUCUCUAUAGCCCCGACCAAAGAGGUUGUCGGCGUCUUCCUCAUUCUGAAUAUUUUUGCAUGGCUCGUUGUUCGUGUUUCCCAGAGAUGGAUGGCUUCCGGUCAGACGACUAGAGCUGCGACGCCGGAUCUAGAGAAGCCGGCUUCAAGAGGAAAAGUCGCAAGAGUGCCGGGCACAUGGCUUGCAUCUGACUUCAAGAGACCAACUGCACCACCAUACCCGGACUGGGAUGUCCACACCUCCAAGCCGAUCCCGUAUCGGCCUUUCAGAUAUGGCCCAAAAUACUUUGUGACUUUAGGUCUCCGAAGCAUGAAAUGGAACGAAUGGAUCGAGCUCGACAACCACUAUCUCAAAUACCACGCCGACAAGAAGAAGCGUCUAGAAGAACGUGGCGAUAAAUGCUACGGUACAGCGCCAGAAGCAAUGAAUGGAGCCAUUGAGCUAUUAGAGGAACUAUGCGAAUACCUUCCCGAGCGCUACCCAACUAUGUUCCAAAAGACCCCUACGGGAAUAGCCAACACGGUGACCAAUGAAACCUUCAACAUAACCCAACGCCCACUUGCCGAAGACCCAAUGGCAAUGGCAGCACGUCUAGUCCAAGACGACCUCGCGCUGAUGUUCGAGCGUGCCGACGGCGAAUACUACCUCCUUGCCGGCGCAAUCCUCCUCGCCGGAUUCUGGCGUCUAAGCGACAAAUUUGGCAUGCGACUAUCAGAAAUCCACACAUCCGGCGACGUGCCUCAGUACCGAGAGAAACUGGAGAAGGGAAUGAUGAACUUCUUCCGCAGACUGACUCCCGAAGAGCCCGUUGUACGAAACAAUUACUUCAUUCAGGUUGAUGAUAGUCUAGCGUGGUCGCACAGUAUCGGGCCUGAAGACGCAGAGCUGGUAUCAUGGAGUACGGCGGAGAAGAAUAAGGCUAUUGAAAAUCACUUUUUCCGAUCUGAGAGGCAGAGUUUGAGACGGUUGCCUAAAACUGGGGCUGUGGUGUUUACGAUUCGGACGUAUUUCGAGCCGAUUACAGACAUUGUGAAGGAGCCGUUUGUACCUGGGCGGUUGGCGUCUGCAAUUCGGAGUUGGGGGGAUGAUGUUUCUAGGUAUAAGGGGAAGGAGAAGUACGAGGAAGUGUUGUUGGAGUAUUUGGAUCAGAAGCAUAAGGAGCAGGUUGAGAGUGGGUUGGCUAUUGAAAAGGAGGAUGAUGUUCGGAGUUAUCCUCUUUGA